GUUCGAUGUACGCGCACGGUCACAGUCAAAAACGCAAGCAGUGAGCGAUAGUGUUGCGUUGCGCGAGGAUGCGGAAGUAUCGUGCUGCUGGUGUGCUCAUUUUUGGAUGAUCACCAGCUUUGCUAGGGAAGCACAGUUUUGGUGAUUAUUUCUUUGGUCUCUAUUCCAAGGAGGAAGAUGAAGCUGUUCACGGCCGUGUUAUGGGUGGAGCUGUGCGUGUUGUAUGUGGUGUUUGCUCGAGAAGAUGAGGAACACAACCGGAUCAAUUACGACAUCUACGUGACGCCAAUCAUGGUGAGCACUAUCGCUGACAACCGGUUUCGUGCAAAAAACCCACUUAUAGCGUGGCUUUCGACUGUGCUGAGCUACAAACCUCCGAGCUUCGGCGUGGAGACACCGAUCAGUUCAACAAUGAAGCCUCCACCACGUGACUGCUCUCAGUGUUCUUGUGGUCGAGGUAAGACAAGCUCAAGAAUUGUUGGUGGGGACGCGGCCGAUGUGAAAGAAUAUCCUUGGAUAGUGAUGCUGCUGUAUCGGGGUGCUUUCUACUGUGGCGGUUCGUUGAUCAAUGAUCGGUACAUAGUGACAGCGGCACAUUGUGUGCUAAGCUUCACGCCCCAGCAGCUGUUGGCGAAGUUGUACGAUGUAGAGCACGGGGAAAUGGUUACUCGCGCGAUCGUUAAACUGUACGGUCACGAGCGAUUUAGCCUGGAUACGUUCAACAAUGACAUCGCGUUGGUCAAACUGCAGCAGCCGGUAGAGGCAGGCGGUAGCUUUAUUCCAAUAUGUCUUCCCGUUGCUGGCAGAAGCUUUGCGGGUCAAAAUGGAACUGUUAUCGGUUGGGGAAAGCUAGCGAAUGGGAGUUUGUCGCAAGGAUUGCAGAAAGCGAUAGUGCCAAUAAUUUCCAACAUGCAGUGUCGAAAGUCAAGUUACCGUGCUUCACGCAUCACGGACAACAUGCUCUGCGCAGGAUAUACUGAAGGAGGUAGAGAUGCCUGUCAGGGUGAUAGUGGAGGUCCGUUAAAUGUUGGCGAUAGUAAUUUCCGCGAGCUCGUCGGCAUAGUGUCAUGGGGAGAGGGAUGCGCCCGGCCCAACUAUCCCGGAGUCUACACACGAGUGACGCGUUACUUGAACUGGAUUAAGUCCAACACCAGAGAUGCGUGCGUCUGUGAGCAUUCAAUAGCGUAAUUCUACACGAGCGUCAUGGAGAGCAGAUAAUAAUAAAACAAAAUUACCAAACGUAACUAAGUAGUAAA